ACAUUAGACAAGCAUUUAUUGAGAAUUAUUUCUCUUAUUAUUUUGCGGAGAUAACCUGAUGUCAUUGCGUUUAUGAAGACAUAAUCGCAGAACUAUCACUGAUACAAUCAGGGUCCAAUCCCGCGGCGACUUUGUCAUGAGCGCGCGCGAUGGAAAUGUCGUAGAAACCGAUGACUAAUGAGACCAACCCCAUUUUGUACCCUUGAAUUCAAGCAACCCCACCAUUCUAUCAAGUCAUGGUUCCGCAAACUAUCGCCAUACACAGAAUUACACUACUCAAUCAAUUGCUUCAACACAACAGGCUACACACGACCACUCUGUAUACCCAAUUACCUCUCACCGGCUCUCUGUAACCACGACUUGAACUCCCACCGAUCGAUGCGCAUUUAGCGAACCGCUCCGUCCGAGUUUGCGACACUUGAAACCGAAUCCCCCAAAACCCGAUCGCGGCGCUGUCCUUGCCCGCCUCAAGCCAGAACAUGCCGUCUGAUACCAUGACAGGCUCACCGGCGGGCUCCAGCUCAGCUCUGCCAUCCUUCUACUCUCCCAAGACAGAGGCAGCUGAUGCUUCUACCUCGCACAACGAACAAUCCCUUGAGCAAUCUAUAGACUCAUUAUCACUCUCCCCCGCUCCCUCCACUCCCGCCUCCGCUUCCGUCUCCGCCCACCCCGAUCCCGAGACGCCGAUCGGCCAAGAACCUCCGCCUUCACUGCUCUCGCCAUCAUUCACACCUCCCUCUACGCCCGGUACUUCGACACCGUCGACUGCCGGUCUUCGCGGUGUUCCUGUCGAUAGCUCCAUUCCUUCCGGAGGAUGCGGAUCCAAGAAACCCAAGCUCCUCCAGACUCUCCCGGAGGUUGAGUGCAUUGUUCGUGCCCGUAUUCCCACGGUAGCGGGCACAGAGAUGUUUUUGCACUUGUACACCAAUAAUGUGGAUAACAAGGAACAUCUCGCUAUUGUAUUUGGCAACAAUAUCCGAAGUAAGAGUCUAGAUGCUGUUCGAGAGGGCGAAACCGAGAUGGACCGCAUGGUGCGCGGCGCAUACACAGGCAGACUGUUCCCCGGUCGCACAACCAGUGGUAUCGAAUCAGCAGCGCCUCAAGAGCAACAGCCACCGCAGCCGUCAGACCAGCCUCCCCUGGUGAGAAUUCACUCCGAGUGCUACACAGGUGAGACAGCAUGGUCAGCGCGAUGCGACUGCGGCGAGCAGCUCGACGAAGCAGCUCGUCUGAUGAGUCUGCCUGGUAACAAGGCUGGUGGCAUUAUUAUUUACCUACGACAAGAAGGUCGUGGAAUUGGUCUUGGCGAGAAGCUCAAGGCGUAUAAUCUUCAGGAUUUGGGAUCUGAUACUGUUGAAGCGAAUUUGUUGUUGAGACAUCCUGCUGAUGCUCGAAGCUAUGGUUUGGCUACGGCUAUGUUGCUUGAUCUUGGACAGCCUGAGGUUCGAUUGUUGACCAACAAUCCUGAUAAGAUUCGCGCGGUUGAGGGCCCUAAUAGGGAGGUUGUGGUUAGGGAGCGCGUUGCUAUGGUUCCUCUGUCCUGGAAAGGUCGGGGAGGGUUCAGGAGUCAAGAGGUGGAGGGCUAUCUCAAGACCAAGGUAUGUUGCAACUACUAAAUCACGUCUUCAUUUGUGGACUAUCGACUAACAUUGAAUGAUAGAUCGAGAAGAUGGGUCACAUG